CAUUAUAUUUUAGUAAUUACUGAGGAAGAUUUUGGUAAUUUGAUCUUACCAUAUGGUGUUUCCCCUAAUUUAUCCCUAUUAAUUAAAAGGCAAAUUAAUUUAGAAAUUAGAUUAUGAAGCAACAAAAUCUUGCAAAAAUUCAUUUCGCACCCGAUACUAUUCAUUAUUAUGUUUAUGCCCCUGAGGUCAGUCGUAUUCACUUUCAGCUCCGAUGAUAACCAAUUAUCAAUUUCAAUUUUCAAUUUCAAUUCCCAUUUCAAUUUCAAUUGCAGCCCCAUUGUGACGUAAACCAGAAUUGCACCGCCUCGCUUUCUCUCUCUCUCUCUCUCACACACACUGCGGGGAGAUCUAUGGGUGCUCCGAAGAAGCCUCUGUUGCUAAUUAUGCUAAUUUUAUCGGAUUUUUUUGUGUCCGAAAUUCUCGCUGAAGGCGUAACCAAGGAGGAAGCCAAACAGCUCAGAGAUGAGGUGCGUGAAAUGUUUUAUCAUGCAUUUGAUGGAUACAUGAAGCACGCAUUUCCACGCGAUGAAUUGAAGCCUUUAUCAUGCGGAGGUGAAGAUACACUCGGAGGAUAUGCAUUAACAUUGAUCGAUUCGCUGGACACACUGGCUUUGCUUGGUGAUCGAGAGCAAUUUACUACUUCCGUUGAAUGGAUUGGUAAAAAUAUUCGAUUUGAUAUUAAUAAGACAGUAUCGAUAUUUGAGACUACAAUAAGAAUACUUGGAGGCCUACUUUCUGCUCAUCUUAUUGCGAGCGACUAUAACACGGGCAUGAGGAUACCCUCGUACGAUGAUGAAUUGCUUCACUUGGCGGAGGAUUUAGCUCGUAGAAUGUUGCCUGCAUUUGAUACUCCAACAGGAAUUCCCUUUGGAUCGGUUAAUCUAAUGCAUGGAGUUGAUGAAAAUGAAAGCAAGAUAACAUCAACAGCUGGUGGUGGGACCCUAACAUUGGAAUUUGGUGUGCUUAGCCGCUUGACAAACGAUCCCAUUUUUGAACAAGUGACCAAGAAUGCAGUUCGAGGACUAUGGGCUCGACGAUCAAGAAUUAACCUAGUUGGUGCUCAUAUAGAUGUUUUUUCUGGUGAAUGGACUCAAAAGGAUGCUGGAAUAGGAACCAGUAUAGACUCUUUUUACGAGUAUCUACUUAAGGCUUAUUUAUUGUUCGGCGACGAGGAGUAUCUUUUCAUCUUCCAAGAAGCUUACAGGGCUGCAAUGGUCUAUCUUUACAACGAUCCAUGGUAUGUGGAAGUAAACAUGAAUUCUGCCGCCCUUGUUUGGCCAUUAUUCAACAGCUUGCAGGCAUUCUGGCCCGGCCUUCAGGUUCUUGCCGGGGAUAUUGAGCCCGCAAUUAGAACACAUGCUGCUUUCUUUAGCGUUUGGAAACGGUAUGGUUUCACUCCAGAGGGUUUCAAUUUAGCCACUUUCAAUGUUCAGCAAGGCCAGAAAAGCUAUCCACUCCGUCCCGAGUUAAUCGAAAGCACGUAUUGGCUGUACAAAGCUACCCGAAAUCCCAGUUAUCUUGAUGCUGGGCGGGACAUGCUAGCUAGCUUGCAGUACGCAGCUCGAUGCACUUGUGGAUAUUGUCAUAUAUCAGAUGUUGAAUUUCAUCAACAGGAAGAUCACAUGGAGAGCUUCUUUUUGGCCGAGACUGUGAAAUACCUCUGGUUGCUAUUUGAUCUAGCUGCUGGCCCAGAUAACUUGGUUGAGAAUGGUCCAUACAAAUACAUAUUUAGCACAGAAGGCCACUUAAUUCCAACGACUCCACAAAUAUCUUUAGCAAGUGAAAAUUGUUCAUAUCUUGGAGCCUACUGUAGAAGCGGCAAACUGGUACAAGAAACGUACUCUUCAGACAUCGUAAACGACUUUAGAGGCACAAAUUACUCUUUCUCAGGCACAGCUGCCACCAAUUUUUUUUCAAGCCCCGCCUUUCACAAGUCACCCUCCUCAGGCUUGAUUAAGGGGUUCUGUCCAGGACUAACUCAUGGGCAGAGGUACGGCAUAUCAUACAUCGACUCAGUUGACAACAACGAUGCUGAGUCAGCACGAACAACAAAUGUAGAUGACGAGGCUCAAAAUUCCCCCGUUUUUGUCAACCACAGUUCCGAUUCUCAACCGUCGGAUUCUGUUGAGAAUCCCGAUAAUAGUAAUUAUCAUGAACUAAUGGAGAAUCAAAGAGUACCUCAGCUGAAAAUCGAAACUCGAGAAACUGUUGAUGAAGAAAGGCCGAGGGACAAUUGAAUAACUUAUACUGGACGAAAAAUUUGAAGAUUUCUAAUUUAAGCAAAAAGGGUUCGAGAUAAUUGAUAUCGGUUUCUUCUUUGGGGGUUGACCUUUUAGGGUUUUGACAAUAGUUUCGGUAAUGGAGGAAAAGGUGACGAGGAAAAUGGCUCGAUUUCGGGUUGUGGAUAUUGAUGCUGACGUGUCUUCAUACAUUACACUCUAAUUGUGUGUGUACAAUAUUUGGGUUUUUAGGUUAUAAAUAUGUAUGAGAGAGCUUUUGUUGGCAUUGUGAGUGUUUAAAACCUCAUCGACCAUAGAUAGCAAAGAUUACCACAGUAAGGUCUCUCAAGGUUAAAUAUUUUCAUUCUUUAUAUAUAUACGAUUUUGUUUACCCUUUAAAUUGUAUUAUUUUUAGUAUUUUGGAUUUAGAGCCCGUUUGGCUAAGCUUACUUUUAAGGGUUAAUUUUUUUUUUCGGGGCAAUUUGCUAGAUACCCGUGAA